AUGCCUUCUCACAUUGAGGUGUUACCUUCUGAGUUACUCCUUCUUAUAGCCUGUGACUUGACUGCGGUGGAUAUUUUGCAACUUGUGCUGUCUUGUCAUCGGCUCCAUGAAAUUCUCAUCCCUGAGCUAUACAAAGCGGGAAGUAACCCACUGCGAGCGCUACUUUGGAUGGCUGAGUCGGGGAGGAUUGACAUGAUCCCGUUUAUUCCUCAUCCGUCUCGACUCGUCCACGAGCUUGAUCUCUGGUCAUCGAACGACGAAUCCAAGAUCGAAUCCAAAAUUUUGGAGCAAAUCAAAGACCUCGCAAGAAUCCGAGAGUUUGAUCCCAUGACUCCAUUAGUACUGGCAGUACAGGAAGGGCAUGAAGACAUCGUGACUUUUCUAUUGCAAGAGGGUGCCAACCCAGACACUCGAGAUCGAUCUUCGAUAGAGACGCCCCUUGCAGCUGCAGCCUAUAACAAUCGCCCGAGACUCGCUCAGAUAUUACUAAUGGAGAAUGUCAGCCCAAAUACGAUGACCGGUCUACAUACUCCACUUGACUUCGCUGUGGAACGUGGCCACGAAGCUGUCGUGAAGGUUCUCCUCGACAACAAGGCCAUUCUCUCAUGGACAUAUCAAUACUCGCUCCUGAUUGGUCACGACAGACUGGAAAAAAGAAUGAGAAAGCUUUUGAAAUGCGGUUCAUAUGUAAAUACAAAUUAA